AUGACUUCAGGCAAAGUAGGCGGUCCACACCGGGCAGAUGAUCCCCAAGUCCAGGUUGAUCAGAGUGUUAUUCUGUCUGAAAUAGCAACUUUGGAACUCAAUGAUGCAGCAGAUCAAUCGGCUGAGAAGCGUAAAGCUGAACGUAAUCGACGAAAGAAAUUGAAUGCUAGGAAGAACAAGGCUGAGAAAGCCCGACAAGAAUUCGAAGAACGAGAAUUGUUGGGAAGCGCGAGUCAAGACACUAAAAUUCCAUCAUCAGUUGGAAGUGGAAAGGUCUCAAAGUCUCUUGCAAGUGAUUGCUUCGAUGGCAGCAGUAGCAUUGAUUGUGUUGUUGGAAGCCCCGUUCUGGCACAGGAAAAGACCGAAGUAUACUUCUCAAACGCCAUGUUCGAAAUCAAGGCAACCCCCGGAAAAGGUCUUGGGGUUUUCGCCGCACAAGAUAUCAAAAAAGAAACAGAGGUUUUGAGGGAAGCUCCUUUGAUGAAAUGUGGUCUGAACUGGCUCCUAAAAGAGGCCUUUUUCAUGUCCCUCAAUGAGGAGAAGAAGAAUGUUUUGAAGUCUCUUCAUAGUCAUUGUAGCUGCAACGAGAACCCAUGCCGAGAAACAACACUCAUGAAGAUUUACGAUGUCAAUAGCUUCGAUAUCAUCAAUGACAAACCGGAACGCACAAACUACAUUUACCACUUUGCAUCACGCAUUAACCACGAGUGUCUCCCUAACAUGGCUCGAGGAAACACUAAGAAUGGAGAAUUGGUCUUUACUACUGUACGGGACAUCAAGCGGGGCGAGGAAUUGACUACCUUCUACCAAGUACCUUUUGGCACCACCCUCGCUCGCCGAAAGAUCUUAUUAUCUAAAUACGGAUUUACAUGUAUGUGUAAGGCCUGCAUAAACAACAAAGUCCUCAACAAUUAUGGCGAGACUUUGAAAUAUGCUCCUUGGAUUAUCGCCAAAGAAAGUGGUUCUGAGAUUCUCAAUAAACCAACUUUGGAGGAGAUGCAAACCGCGAAGGAAGUCGAAAGCUGGUACGAGAGUGUCUCCCAGGCAGCAGAAAAGGCCGUAAAAUGUAUGACGAUUGCUAUCGGCAGUGACCUUCUGCAAAGCCAAAGCACCCAGGAACGACGACACCUUAUUGUUGAAAAUACACUGCAGGUAUUUGACGAUUUUCUGCGAAAGAACAACCCCUAUGGAUUGAGCGAUGAGGUUAUUUCUGCCUACCGAUACCGAGCAAGUAUUUUAACUUUUAGAGCUGCAAAGCAAGUUUUCAACAGCAUUGUGAGGGGGGUGGGAAUUUCUGUGGAAGAAUUCUGA